AUGACUAGAAAGGCCGAGUAUCUGGCCAACAUGAAUCCCAUGACACCCAAUUCAGGCGAUAUCAUUUAUUUUCUGGAAAUGGUUGGCCUAGGCCUAUCGGGAAAUUGGUACUGGCAUGCUAUUGCUGAUCGCUUCCAUCGAUGGGCCGAGUACCUACAACUGCCGCCCGCCAAGUUAUUCGAUUACGAUGAAGCCACAGCGACAUGCGCUACCUUCCUGAAUAGCCAGUCUCUGAGAGCAAGGCCCAGUCGAAUCGUGGAUUCCUUUGAGGGUCCGCAAACAAUGACAGAUGACCCAUACUAUAAGGUUCUCCAGCAGCCGAUUAAUUAUCUUCGGAGCGUACCGUCGAAGAACAUAAGAGGCACCAUCAUCCAAGCGUUGAAUCUAUGGCUCAAUGCACCCGAAUCCGUAGCAACUCAGGUGGAAGACUUGAUCGGACAUCUUCACGAUUCAUCGCUUCUGCUUGAUGACAUCCAGGAUAAUUCAGAGCUCAGACGCGGUCGGCCAACUGCCUAUCGCGUGUUUGGGGUAGCACAGACCAUCAAUGCUGCAACCCAUGCACUUACUCAAGCGUUUGAAAAGGUUGUCCCACUAAUGAAGCCAGGCACCUCACAUGGGUUCUUCGAUGAGUUGCGCAACCUUCAUGUUGGACAAGCGAUGGAUCUUCAUUGGACGCGGUCUGGGUAUCGUCCUUCCAUUGCAGAUUACCUGGAAAUGAAUCGGUUGAAAACCGGCGCACUGUUUUGUCUUGCGAGCAACCUUCUCUAUAUUCAAGGGUCAUUCUCAGCAGAAGCCAUCAAGCAGACUGAUUUGAGCGACCUCAUGAUCUCUCUAGGCCAAUAUUUUCAGGCUCGAGACGACUACAUUAACCUGGCAUCAACAAAGUAUCAAGAACAAAAAGGCUUUGCCCAGGAUCUCGACGAAGGCAAACUGUCUCUGCCGUUAAUCCACCUCCUGACACAGUCGCCGAACGCGGCAUUGAUUGAGAAUAUCCAGCAGGAACGAGCCAGGCAUGGUAAGCUGUCGGCUGAUUUGAAGCAGCUGAUCUUGGAUGAGAUGCGGAAUGAAAAGAUUCUGCAACUCACUGAAGAGACACUGAAUGGGUUGGAGGCCAAGGUCUUCCGACACCUGGAACGGCUGGAAGUUUCCAGCGGGAUCAAGAACUUUACGUUCCGGUUUCUGCUGGAUAGGUUGAGGGAGAUGUAA